AUGUGUCUGACUCUCAGCUGGGUGGUGUUGGACAGAGGGCUCGUGUUGGAGGAUGUGUCUGACUCUCUCAGCUGGGUGGUGUUGGACAGAGGGCUCGUGUUGGAGGAUGUGUCUGACUCUCUCAGCUGGGUGGUGUUGGACAGAGAGCUUGUGUUGGAGGAUGUGUCUGACUCUCUCAGCUGGGUGGUGUUGGACAGAGAGCUGGUGUUGGAGGAUGUGUCUGACUCUCUCAGCUGGGCAGCCUCGCGGUCCAGCUCGGCUCCGGUGGAAACCCAGGGCGGGGGGGUGGAGGAGACGCAUGAGCUCAGAAUCGAUGGACGCUGGUGGUUAGUGAACGGGAAGGACAUCUCCAAGGCGACGCAGGAGGAAGCGGUGGAGGUGUUCCGCAGCGCUAAGGACCCCAUCGUGGUGCAGGUUCUGCGGCGGAACCCGGUGUCCCGGAGCCAUGGCAACCCUCAGGAAGCGCGGCUGGUGGACGUGUGCACUCAGACUGACAUCACCUUCGAGCACAUCAUGGCCCUCGCCAAGCUGCGCCCCACCACGCCACCCGUGCCCGACAUCUGCCCCUUCCUGCUCUCAGACAGCUGUCACUCACUCCAGACGAUGGAUCAUGAGUUCUAUGAGGGCACGGACUACCUCUCUCCGAUCCCGGCCGACAUCGAGCGAACGGACGAGUUUGAGUACGAGGAAGUGCAGCUGUGCCGAAUGAACAGUCAGGAGAAGCUGGGUCUGACGCUGUGCUACCGGACCGAUGAGGAGGACGACCUCGCCAUCUACGUCAGCGAGGUCGGGCCAAACAGCAUCGCAGCCAGAGACGGGCGAAUCAGAGAAGGGGACCGGAUACUACAGAUUAAUGGGCAGGAUGUGCAGGAUAGAGAGGAGGCCGUGACCAUGCUGUCCAGUGAAGUCUGUGCAAACGUGGUGCUCCUGGUCGCCAGGCCCGAGAUUCAGCUGGAGGAGGGCUGGCUGGAUGAGGAGCAGAGUGAGCUCCUGGAGCAGCUGCAGUUGGAGGUGCUGGAGGAGCGGAGGAAGGAGGAGGAGCAGCUGGUCUCCAGCACGGCCCAGAAGCCCAGACGGCCGGAGGAUGAUGACAUCACCACGGACACGGCGACCUGCUCCUCCAACAACCAGGACAAGGACAGCGGGCUCUGCCGGACGGACAGCGGACUCUGCCGGACGGACGACAGCGCACGCCACGACGACACCUCCGAGCAGGAGGUCCUCAGCAGGGUGCAGAGGCGUCUGUCCCAGUGCCUGCGGGACCGGAGGGGGAGGGGGAGGGGCGUGGGGUCGCCCGGCAACGCCCAGGGCCGGGGGGGCAGCCGACCCCCGCUGAAGGAGGAAGACGAGGAGGCGGAGGAAGAGGAGGAGCAGAGGGAGGGCGGGGAGGGGGAGGAAGGGCGCUUCCGGCAGCUCCUGGAGCUGAAGUGCCAGAUCAGGAACAGCGGGGAGUACGGCCUGUUCUACAGCCGCCGCAGCACCAUCGAGUGCAGCCUGGGGCCGCAGGAGGAGGGCGGGCAGGAGGGCGUCCAGAGGGAGCUGCGCCUCCUCAACGAGGAGCUGAGGAGCAUCGAGCAGGAGUGCCAGAGCAUCAUGCAGGCGCACCAGCUGCGCCUGGCCCAGGGCCCAGCCCCGCCCAACCUGCCCGACAUCACGGAGCACCCCGAGGGCCCGGAGUGCAGGGAGCCGCCAGAGCGCUGGGACAAGGACAGCUCCAGCGCCUACAACACGGCGGAGAGCAGCAGGAGCACGCCGCUGGCCUUCGAGCGCUCCCCCGACCACUCCCUGCAGCGCGCGGUCCGCAUCACCAACCGCAAGAACCUGCGCUGCUCCACGCUGCCCAAACCCCCCGCUGCCCCGCCCGCCCCGGGCCUCAGCGCCCGCCCCCACACCCCCCCGCCCCCCCUGCUGCCCCCCGAGGACGCCCCCUGCCCCGCCGCCCCCUACAGGCCCCCGGGCACGGCGCACACGCGCCACUACCACAGCUACCUGCAGCUGAUGGAGCAGGGCUGCGGGCUGGAGCUGGGCCUGCUGAGCGUGUGCAGGGAGCUGCAGCCGCGGGCGGGGGAGGGCCGCGCGGGGGAGGGCCGCGCGGGGGAGGGCCGGGCGGAGUGGAAGGUGAAGGUGCGCAGCGACGGCACGCGCUACAUCACCAAGCGGCCGGUGCGGGACCGGCUCCUGCGGGAGCGGGCGCUGAAGAUCCGCGAGGAGCGCAGCGGGGGAACCACCGACGACGACGCCGCCAGCGAGCUCAAGCUGGGCCGCUACUGGAGCAAGGAGGAGCGCAAGCAGCACCUCCUGCGCGCCCGCGAGCAGAGGAGGAGGCGCGAGGUGAUGAUGAGGAGCCGGCUGGAGAGCCUGCGGGAGAGCCCGCAGAGCGGGGGCGAGGGCAGCCGGAAGGAGGUCUCCAUCCUGGAGCUCAGCCACCGCAAGAUGAUGAAGAAGAGGAACCGCAAGAUUCUGGACAACUGGAUGACCAUCCAGGAGCUGAUGACUCACGGGGCGCGAGCCGCGGAGGACCCCAAGGUGCACAACGCCUUCCUCUCCGUCACCACCGUGUAGACCCCACACGCACUCUACUGCCCCGCCCGGGGCACUUUUAAUUGCCUCGUUCAAUGUGGCAUUUUUAUGAGAAGAAAAAAAAUAAGACAAUGUAGACGAAAGAGGAAAAAAAUGAUAUUUUUCACACUUUAUAACCUGAGCUACAUUUUGUAAACUAUUUUCUUCAACGGUUUUUUUUCUUUCAUAACGAUUUUUUCAGUGGCUUCAUCAUCGUCUUAUUUAUUGAUUGUUUUCCGUUUGUUUUUUUCGUUGUUUGGUUGUCCAAUAAUAACUCCAGUAAUUGUCUUGUUUUGCCUUGUUAUUGAAAUGCCUCAUGGGGGAGAUUGUGAGCUGUGCAGUUUCAGCCUGAAGCACACGGUUUAUGGGUUCUGUACACCUGUCACACGGUUUAUGGGUUCUGCACACCUGUCACACGAUGUGAUGAGGUUCCUCUCGCGUACUUCCCCUAAUGUUCCAGCGUAGCCUCGUCUCUUGUCGAUAAACAGUCUCUCGGCGAUAAACAGUCUCUCGGCGAUAAACAGUCUCCCCGGUUUUCCUGCGUCCACAGUCAACAGCUUGCACACAGCUGCGAGGACAUUACUUUGCCGAACGGUCAUUUUCAUUGGCUGCCGAUCGGUCAUUUUCAUUGGCUGCCGAUCGGUCAUUUUCAUUGGCUGCCGAUCGGUCAUUUUCAUUGGCUGCCGACUGCACUUCUCGUUAAGGUUGGCUCACGAAAAAACCCAACACCUGGCGCAUAUCGCGGUUCUGCCAAAUCGUGCUUUCCGUAUUUUCCUCUUUCCAUGUGGCGACAAGAGCAAUUACUGCAGCUCUUAAGCUCCCGACUUCCUGCAGGAUCUGCCCAGGCCAGCCAGCUCGUUCUGGCUCCCAAACACUUCAACAGCAGUUCUGCUCACACAGCCAGCUCUUAACAGCCGUUCCCAAGGCCAACGCUAACCACGCUAACGUGCUAACGGUGUACUGUGUGUUCUAGGCUUGACGUGUGCAUCUCAGGCUCCUCUCUAAGCUGCUAGUGCAGGUACGGUGACAUGUUCACCUCUCAGUGUCUUGUUUCCAUUCGAGGAAUCAAUUUGAGAUCGUUCAGGACAUGACCACAGACAGGCAGUGUUCUCCUGGAUCUCCAUGGUCACUAUUCGGAAAUGAUCAUUUAUGUAUUUAUGCAUUCUAAGUUAUAUCUGCCUUUAUCAUAUUUGCACUGUUCGAGUCUCAGUGUUCCAUGUGUGGUUCAUAAAAGUUACCCGUCAAAACAACUCAAAACCCGACUGUGGCACAUUUCAGUUUAAAGUUGUGUCCUGUUCCAAGCACUUUUUGUUUUUUGUUUUUUGUUUUUUUAAAAGCAUUUCUGCUGAAUGGAAAUUGCUCAUUUAAUUUGCAUGCACACUUGCACACCAAGAACAUAAUUAAUCAUUUACAGAAUAAUUUUAAAAAUUACAUUCUCACAUGAAUGUGGAUGAAAGGAUGUUGCGAUAACAAUGGCAUUGACCCAGUUACAGUAGGAAUGACUUAUCCAAACAUUGGAUCCUUGUCACCAUGGCUACAAUACCCCCGUCACUCAGUCGAUUUAUCUGUCCAAUGACAUGUUGCAGAGCGUUUGAAAGUUUGUCUAAAACACAUCUCAUUAUUUACUUGUUACUUCAUAAUCAGCCUUAAGUUGCUUCUAUUUGUUUUGUUUUUUUUUCAAUUUUUUCUAAAAUGGCCAAAAUGAUACUGUGCAUAUUUGCCUAUAUUUCAGAGCUACGGGAAAUAACGUUCAUACGCUGUUCACACUUUCCUUGCUUUGCCUUUGGCUAACAUACUGUAAAUUCUACCUGUAAAUGGAUCCUGUAUUUGCUCCCAGUCAAUGUUGAUGGUCUUAUUUUUAGGUGACAUGUAGUAGACAUAGAUGUUGACAGGUCAAUGUGUGGUAAUUGUGAUAACUGGAAAAAUGAUAAUGACAAUAAAUUAUUGUUUAUCUUUAUGAAAA